UACAUAAUAAGUAUUCUCGAACUAUUUGUACCACCCGCAUGUAACGUAUCUACGUACAAUUUGAACAAUUUCAAGGAAAGUAUUAAAUAGUUUGUACAGCGAGUACAUAUAAGUGGAAGAAUCGAUUAUCUCUUAUUGACACACUGUAGACUCACGAUGAAGGUGUUAUUUAUUGUUUUCAUGUUAUUUAGUUCGAGUUUAGCGAAAAGGCUUAUCACUACAGGCGAACUAGAACAAUUAUUCAGAAAAGCUCUAGCCGAGGAGUUGACUGAUGAUGAUCAAAUAUUGCUGCAAGAGGUGAUAGAUAUUGUUUACCGGCCUGAGCACAUUUCUGGCAGAUCUUUGGAAUUUUCCUCCUCAACUAGAUCGACCCUCGACUGCAUAAUAUGUCGAAGUGCCUUGUCAGCAUUCUUCAUACAGGUUCAUAACGGGCAAUCGGACCAAAGUCUCACUACAGUUGUUUCGUCAUUUUGUGUCAAUUUGGGUAUAGAGAACGAGAGGGUUUGCAAGGGUGCUGUCGGCUUGAAUAUACCAAUAUUCACCUACAUAAUAAAAAAUGAACCAGCUGCAACUCCUGCAACGUUUUGCAGUCUCCAAUUACAAAAUGCCAACGGUGACGUAUGCCCAUCUAAUGAUCCCAGGUUUGAAUGGACGGUUGAGCUGCCGGAACCUUCAAAUGAAGUCACCAAUCCUACACCAGAUCCCACUCCCCUGACAAUCGCAGUUCUAACUGACGCUCACAUAGACCCCUUAUACGAAGCGUUUGGCGUAGGAAAUUGCGGCGAACCUACUUGCUGUAGAAAAGGACAAUCACCGGCGUUAAAUUACAUGUACAAAUCUAAUGUCGACGAGUCUAUUAUUGAAAAAAGCAUAAUCGAAAACGACGGAGAGAUUGCUUUGGACCUAGAUAUGGUGCCAACGAUUAGGGAAAUGAGAACUUCGUCCCGUACAAGAUUUCCAGUGUCGAGAAAUGAUGAGCCUGCAGGCUAUUGGGGCGAUUAUAGAAGCUGUGAUAGCCCCAUUUGGGCGUAUGAUGAUGUUAUUGACAGAAUUGCUGAGACUCAUAAGAAUAUAGACGUAGUCUACUACAUAGGAGAUACAAUUGAUCACUUCGUUUGGGAAACAACAUACGAGCUGAUCGAUGAAGUGAAUAGACACUUGAUCGAUAAGAUGAGGCAGAGUUUCGGAGAUGAUGUUCUUGUAGUACCUGUCAUUGGCAAUCAUGAAAGUCAACCUACCAAUCAAUUCGCACCAGUAAGGAUAACUGAACCAUACUUGAACACUACAUGGUUAUACGAAGCCUUGGUUCGGAAAUGGGGCCAUUAUCUUACUGAUGAAGCGAAAGAGACUCUACUGCAGGGUGGAGAUUUCUCCGUACUCGUUCGCCCCGGAUUAAGAGCCAUAUCUCUUAAUAAUAAUGCUGCUUACAAAUUUAAUUGGUGGAUAUUAUACGACCCUCUAGAAGCAAAGAGGCAUUUAGAUUGGCUGGUCGAAGAGUUAUAUAAAGCUGAACAAGCUGGUGAAAAAGUUCACAUUUUAACGCAUAUACCUCCUGGUGUCACCGAUUUAACUCACACUUGGACUAGGGAAUAUAAUAAAAUAGUAAAUCGUUUUUCAAAAACCAUAGCAGCGGAGUUCAAUGGGCACACGCAUUCGGAUGAAUUUAAAAUCUUCUAUAGCCCUGAAGGGACUCCUAUUAAUGUUGCGUGGGGAGCUGGCAGUGCCACUACUUACAGCAAUUACAAUUUGAACUACAAGAUCGCUACCUUUAACCCUGUGACAUUUGAACCCCACAACAUUGUGAACUACGUGUACAACUUAACUGAAGCGAAUCUGACUCCAAAUCGUCGACCGCACUGGUUCCAACUCUAUGAUAUGAGAAACACUUACUCCUUGAAUGAUCUUUCUGCGGUUUCAAUCGACAAUUUAGUCAAAAGAAUGGUGACAACCCAUCCUCAUCUAUUGGACUUAUAUUCAGCGUUCUUCGGAAAACUCAGCGACACUAGGCCGCUGGCAAAUUGCAACACGAAUUGUAAACUGAACCAAAUCUGUAGAACUGUUAUAACUGUUCUAUGGGAACGUGAACGAUGCAUUGAGCUGAUUAAUUUGCAUAAUCCUACAUAACAAUUGACAUAUACGUUACGGGCGUUUCAAAUUUGAAGGGACAAUGGUAACAAUGGAAUUGUAUUCUUGUUUUUUAAGUUUUUCUUUUGCAUAUAUGGAAAUUAAAUAGUAAAUAAGUUCCUUACCACAGUAAAACUUUUUAUUCUUCUUCUAAAAUUUCAUAACAGUUGC